AUGUCGGCUCAGGACUUGCCUCCCGCAAAGCGAGCAGCAGCUGAGGAGGAGGAGGAGGAAGACGAUGAAGCUCCGGUCAAAAAGAAGAAGAUGGAAGAGGUGCCGCAACGCAUGGAUUGCCCUUACCUGGGUACCAUCAACAGGCAUGUGCUGGACUUCGACUUCGAGAAACUGUGCUCGAUGACACUAUCUGGCGACAACGUCUACUGCGAUCUGGUGGACGGAAAAUUCUUCCAAGGUCGUGGCAAGGAGACUCCCGCCUACCGCCAUGCACUGGAGAAGGGGCACUAUGUAUGGAUGAAUGCAGUUGAUGGGAAAGUCUAUUGCAUUCCGGACGGUUACGAAGUGGUGGACAAGUCCCUAGAGGAUAUCAAAUACAACUUGAUCCCGUUUUUCGAUGAGGAGGAGAUUGAAUUCAUGUCAACACGUGUGCGGUAUUCCAAAGCCUUGGAUGGCACCGACUACAUUCCUGGAUGCAUUGGUCUGAACAACAUUCAGGACUCGGACUACCAGAAUGUGGUCAUCCAGAUGCUUUGCACCGUGAUCCCGAUCCGGAAUUACUUCCUGGGCUACCAGCCGCCCUCCGAACGAAAGCCAGAUCCAGUGCUGGCAACCAUAUCGCAGUUGCUCCGCAAGAUGUACAACCCCAGAAACUUCAAGGGGAUUGUCUCUCCCCACGAGUUCUACCAGGCUGUCGGCAGAGUUACCCAAAAGAAGUUCUAUGCUAAGCAGAUGGAUCCUGUUGCCUUCUUCUCUUGGCUGAUGGGGUACCUUCAUAAAAAGAGCAGAGACAAGAAGGGAGACUCGCUGAUUCACGACGUCUUCCAGGGUGAGGUUCAGGUCAAGCUGUGCCCUGCCCAUGAAGAGUCAAGAAUUACAGAGUCCAAAGAGAAGACGGUAUUCCUGACAUUGGAGUUGCCAGACGAGCCGCUUUUCAAGGACAACCUGGACUUUAUUCCGCAGGUGCCGCUGUUCAACCUCUUGGAGAAGUUCAACGGCGAGAAGCCUUUUGAGAAGAUCGCAAAGGGUGGCGAGUCCCGCGAGAUCAGGAGGUACAGCUUGAGGCGCUUGCCUCCCUACGUCAUCUGCGUAGUGAAGCGCUUCCGAAACAACAACUUCUUCGUUGAAAAGAACCCUACGAUUGUGACGUUUCCCCUGAAAGGACUGGACCUCAGGGAUUACAUUCAUCCAGACUGUCAGCCGGCCAACCCCGAAACGAAGUAUGACUUGGUUGCGAACGUUUGCCAUGAUGGCAAGCCGGAGCGAGGAACGUACAAAGUGCAGGUGUUUCACCAGCCCACGUCGCAGUGGUUCGAGAUCCAUGAUUUGCGAGUUACACCGGUUUUGCCGCAAAUGGUUGCCUUGACGGAGAGUUACAUCCAGGUCUACCAGAGACAGGAUGUCAAGCCUGAUGGGUCCUUCGGCAAAUUCGACGCCGAAAUUCCGGAUUUGCUGGCAGAGGCAGAACCUGGUGUGGCUGCAGAGAUCGAAAUGGCACCGGAGGACCUUGCCGAAGCCGGUAUCAUCAUCGGCUGA